UCGCGCCAAUGCAGCGUCCACGCGAGACGCAGGCGGCGCACCUGCGCUCCGGGGCGGUUGCGGAGGGCGUUGGGAGGAGGCGCCGCGCGGGUGGACGCGCGCACCUCAGCGGCAAGGAGGCCGAGAGCUGAGGAGUUGAAGAAUGGAUUUGUCGGGGUUGAACACACUUAUGAUUCUUCUGUGGAAGAAUUUUAUUUUUAAGAGACGGCAGUUUGUUACUGUAGUUGUGGAAAUCAUCCUGACGUUACUGUUUGCUGGUGCACUUUUGUUAACACGCAGGUAUACUACUAUCAAGAAGUCUGGACCGUUCUAUUACUCUCCUCAGCCUGUUGAUGAGUUGCCUUUAUUCCUCAGACCGGUCCCUUUUACUGGUCUGUGGGAACUGGCCUUUGUGCCUUCCAAAAGUGUCGUGGUGAAGGAUAUCGUUGAAACCGUGAAAAAGGACUUACAAUUGGAUUUUAAAGUUCAAGGCUUUUCUUCAGAAAGAGAAUUUGAAGAUUACGUGGAGCAAAAGAAUAACACUAAACGCGUAUUGGUUGCUUUCGUUUUUGACCAUGAGUUCAAAAAUAGCGAUGAUCCCCUGCCACUCAAGGUAAAAUAUUCUCUGCGUUUAAGUCGUUUUCAGAAGAACAAGUAUGGGAUAUAUGUCCAACCCCGAAGCGGGGAGACAGAUGUUCUCUUUCCAGCUUCUCCUUUAAUGGGAUCCAGAAAGGUGCACGACUCAAGUUGGGGUCAUCCUGGGUACAUCACGAAAGGGUUCCUGCUUAUACAACACGCCCUGGACAGAGCCAUCAUGAAGUACCAUAAUCACAGCGCCGCAGAGCAGCUGUUCAAAGAUGUCAGCGUUUUCAUUCAGAGUUUCCCACAAGAAAUAUAUUACAACGAUUCCUUCUUUAAGUUUUUUGGUUUUUUCGUCCCUUUAGUCUUCUUAAUGAUCUUCUCUAUGAAUCAUUUCACCCUCGUUCAAUCCAUUGUGUGGGAAAAGGAAAACCGAUUGAAGGAGUACCAGCUCAUGAUUGGACUCAGUAAUUGGAAGCUCUGGGCGGCCUAUUUCUUCACAUUCCUCACGUUUUAUUCCGUCGUCAUCUUGCUGAUGUGCCUCGUUUUCUUUGCCAAGGUGAAACCUGUGCCCAUCAUCCAGUACAGCGACCCAUCUCUGGUCUUUGUGUUUUUGCUGUGUUUCGCCAUCGCCACCAUCUUCUUCAGCUUCAUGGUCAGCACGUUUUUCAGUAAAGUAAAUUUUGCUGUAUCUGUUGGAGGUUUCAUUUAUUUUUUCACCUACUUCCCAGCUACCAACAUGUCCCCAGAUUUUGCACACAUGACACUCAUCCAGAAGGUGGCUGCCUUUCUCAGCUCAAAUGUUAUCAUGGCACUGGGAACUAAAUUCCUAGUGAUGGCAGAAAUGGACGGAAUAGGAAUUAAAUGGAGUAACAUUUUCUCGCCAAUCACAGUGGAGAAUUUUGUCUUUGCCAAUGUACUGGGAAUGUUUUUCUUUGUUGCUGUCUUAUAUGGCCUCGUGGCCUGGUAUAUCGAAGCAGUCUUUCCAGGAGAGUACGGCGUGGCCAAACCGUGGUACUUUUUCUUGCUGCGCUCACACUGGUGUGGGAAAAAACCUAAGGGAAAAAAUGAAACAAAGCAAUUCAAUGACACAACGGAAAGCAAGUAUUUUGAAAGUGAACCUACUGAUUUGGUGGCAGGUAUCCAGCUCCAACAUUUGUACAAGGAAUUUCGAGUGGAGAAAACUACCAAGAUAGCUAUAAGAGACUUGACCUUGAAUUUAUAUGAGGGGCAGAUCAGUGUUCUUCUAGGACCUAAUGGGGCAGGAAAAUCCACUACUUUAUCCAUUCUCUCAGGUCUCUUCCCUGCUACCAGCGGAGAGGCCUAUGUGAAUGGAUAUGAGAUCUCAAGGCAGAUGGUCCAGAUCAGGAAAAGCUUGGGCUUGUGUCCCCAGCAGGACCUGCUGUUUAAUUACUUGACAGUGUCAGAACACCUGUAUUUCUACAGUGUGAUCAAAGGAGUCCCUCGAAAGAUGUGUCUUAAGGAAAUUAGAUCUAUGCUGUCUACAUUUAACCUGAUAGAGAAGCGCAAUGCAUUUCCAGAGUCCCUGAGUGGAGGAAUGAAACGCAAACUCUCCAUCAUGAUAGCACUUAUAGGAGUCUCCAAGGUUGUGAUACUUGACGAGCCAACAGCUGGCAUGGACCCCAUCUCAAGGAUAGCCACCUGGGGUCUCCUUCAGAAGUAUAAACAGGAUCGUACCAUCUUGCUGACCACCCAUUACAUGGACGAAGCUGACAUCCUGGGUGACCGCAUAGCCAUCAUGGUGAAGGGAACCGUGCGGUGCUGUGGCUCUUCAGUCUUCCUGAAACAAAUAUAUGGUGUGGGAUACCACAUAACCAUGGUGAAGGAACCUCACUGCAAUGUUGAAGAAAUCUCCAAAUUGAUUUAUCAUUAUAUACCAUCAGCCACCUUGGAGAAGGAUGUGAAAAAUGAACUAUCUUUUACUCUACCCAAAACGUACACACACAGCUUUGAAGCUCUGUUCACUGAUCUGGAAAAAAGACAGGCAGAGCUGGGCAUUGCCAGCUUUGGUGCCUCCAUCAGCACCAUGGAAGAAGUGUUCUUCAGGGUUAGUGAUUUGGAAGAUUCACAAACAGAUAUCCCAGCUACCCAACGUCAACCUCCCUCUCUGAUGAAUGAAGUGUCACUCACAAACCAGAAUAAGAAUAUGUCCAGAAAUGAGAGAGCAGAUUCUUCUACCAUGAAAGAAAGCCCUGCUAUUCUGUUUAAUACUGGGUGCGCCCUCUACCAGCAGCAGUUCUGGGCCAUGCUCUUCAAAAGGGCAAUGUUCAAUUGGCGCAACUGGAAACUGAUUUUCCUGCAGAUAUUGGCAGUGCUCAUCUCCCUUCUCUUUCUCUGCGAGAUGGAGACGGUUUCAUCUGAUGAUGAUGAUGGAAAGACCAGACUCAUGGAUUUGAAUCAAUAUGGUCAAACCAUUGUGCCUUUGUCUAUUUCUGGGAAUUCUAAUUUGACUCUGGUUUUCUUAAAACAUCUUAAGAGUAUGCUGGAACCUGGCAAGCACACACUUAUGGAAGUACAAGGAGACCUACUGGAAUACUUGAUGGAAGAUAAAGAUUGUAUUCAGUUAUGCAUUGUUGCAUUUUCCAUUGAGGUGAAGGCCGAUGGAAUAAUAUUUACUGGUCUGUUCAACAAUGAAGCAUCCCAUUCACCACCCCUGACGCUCUCAAUGGUAGACAACGUUCUUUUCAUGUCAGUUUCUGGCCCUGAAGCUUCCUUAACCGUCUCCAAUAAGCCUCAGCCGUACUCGAGUCAUAAAGGGCAUGAAGACAUGUUGUUGGAUGGAUACCAACUGGCCUUAGACAUACAUUUUGGCAUGGCCGUUUUGACCAGUGGCUUUUGUCUCCUGACAGUGACUGAGAGAGUCUCUAAGGCCAAGCACCUGCAGUUCAUGAGUGGGGUCUAUAUCCUUGUGUACUGGCUGUCUGCUCUUCUGUGGGAUCUCAUCCUCUUCUUCAUUACCUGCCUCUUACUCCUGGGAGUGUUAAAAUACUGCCAAAGGGAUAUAUACCUGACAGAUUACCACUUCCUGGACACAAUGCUGAUCUUCAUGCUGUACGGCUGGUCUGCCAUUCCCAUCGUGUACCUGCUGAGCUUCCUGUUCACCAAAAGCAGUUCUGCCUACAUCAAACUGGUGCUGUUGAACUACCUCUCGGGCUUUUUCGGUCUCCUCAUAGAUUCCGUGCUUACAUUCGAUACUCCGCCAAACAUGUCAAAUGCCACCAGAAACUUCGUGCUUAAAUCGUUACUGCUCUUUCCCAAUUACAACCUGGCCAAGUGCAUCAUUGACUAUGCUGCCUUCCACCAGAUGAAGAAAAUGUGCGCUCUAGAAAACGCUAGUGCCUAUUUAAAUUGUGAUAAAAAAAUUACUACAAAGAGUGUUUAUUCUUUGGAAGAGAAAAUGCUUGGAAAGUAUCUGAUCAUGAUGAGUGUCAUAGGCUUUGUUUGCUUUCUCUUGGUUUUCUUUUGGGAGAAGACUUUGUGGAAACUAAGAACAUUUUUCAAUCAAUGCAUUUUCUUUGGUAUCUAUAAGAAGAACAGGAAGGAAAAGGUGUGCAAGGAAUUAUCUGGAGAAUGUGAAGAUGAAGACGUGGAAAAUGAAAGAAAGAGAAUCCUGGGGCAGCCGCAGGAAGUGCUGAAUUCCGCGGUGCUUAUUAAGGAGCUUACAAAGAUAUAUUUUAAGUCCCGGGUCAUUCUGGCUGUGAAAAAUAUCUCCGUCGCAGUCCAAAAGGGGGAGUGCUUUGGAUUGCUUGGAUUCAAUGGAGCUGGAAAAACUACUACCUUUCAAAUUUUGACUGGAGAAGAGACUGCUACCAGUGGGGAUGUGUUCAUUGGUGGUUUUAACAUCACUGACAAUAUCGAGAAGGUGAAGUGCAGAGUCGGCUAUUGUCCUCAGUCGGACGCCUUGGUGGAAUACAUGACAGGUCGGGAAUUAAUCGUCAUGUACGCCAGAUUAUGGGGAGUCUCCGAGUCCCAGAUUCAGCUCUAUGUGAACAAAUGGUUGACUUCACUGCAACUGGAGCCUCAUGCUGACAAGAUUAUCAGCACCUACAGUGGAGGAACCAAACGUAGGCUGAGUGCUCUUAUUGCCCUAAUGGGAAAAACUUCAGUCAUUUUGCUGGAUGAGCCAUCAACUGGCAUGGACCCAGUAGCCCGACGCCUGCUCUGGGAUGCUGUGACACUGGCACGUGGAAGUGGCAAAGCCAUUAUUAUAACCUCCCACAGGAUGGAGGAAUGUGAUGCCUUCUGUACCAGGCUGGCCAUCAUGGUGAGGGGAAAGUUCAUGUGCUUGGGUAGCCCUCAGCACCUCAAAAGCAAGUUUGGCAAUAUUUACAUCCUGAAGGUAAAGGUCCAGAUGAAUACGCAAAAGCAUGAACUAGAUGAUUUAAAAGUUUUCAUCACAGAGACAUUCCCAGGUAGCGUAUUAAAGCAGGAGCACCAAGGGAUCCUUAAUUACUACAUUCCCAGCAAGGACAAUAGCUGGGCAAAGGUGUUUGGAAUUUUGGAGGAAGCUAAAAAGCGUUUCAAUUUAGAAGAUUAUUCUGCCAGUCAGAUAAUGCUGGAACAAGUCUUCCUGAGCUUUGCCAGCCUACAGAACACAGAAGAUGAUCAAACAUGAUUCUAAAGCGAAGGUGCCGUGAGAACUCAGUUCCAACUUGUGACCCUUGUCUUAGGUUACUCUCCACUAUACCCGGAUACAUAGAGGGCCAUUCCUGUGUGUGUGUGUGUGUUUGUGUCUUGGUGUAGAUAUACUUAUGUAAUAAAC